AUGCUGGUCGACACGGACCUGGCAACUGGAGUGAUCCGAUCGCCGUACAGUUUUGACAUUCCGCACGCCUUCAUCUUCAACGAAUCGAACCAUUUGGGGCCCAUCUUCUGCGGACCCUACAUGGAGAUAGUGAAGCACUUUGCCAAGGCUCAGCACUACAAGCUGCUCCUUGAUCCUGUCGAGAGUCUGCCCAAGAAAUCGGUGAUGGAGCAGAGCAUUGCGGCAGGGUUGUACAACCUCUCGCUUCAUGGAGUCACGAUUCGUCCCGACAGUGUCGGUGAUCUAUCCAGCGUCAUGCGGCACAGUUACCCGCUGGAGCUGAUGACGAACUGCGUGAUGGUGCCACUGGCCCCGGAGUUGCCCAAGUGGAUGUACAUGGUGUGGCCGCUGGGCAGAUACAUCUGGACAUGCCUGUUCUUCGGCACCUUCUACGUGGCCCUUCUGCUGAGGUAUGUGCACUGGCGAGAGCCGGGGAAUGCCACCCGUUCAUUCACUCGGAAUGUUCUCCACGCCAUGGCCAUCCUGAUGUUUAGUCCGAAUAUGAACAUGACCGUGAAGCUUAAGCAUGCCUCGCUGCGCGUAAUAGUCUUCUACACGCUGCUCUUCAUCCUGGGUUUCAUCCUGACCAACUACCACCUCAGCCACAUGACGGCCUUCGACAUGAAGCCCGUGUUCCUACGACCCAUUGACACCUGGUCGGAUCUGAUCCAUUCGAAGCUCCGAAUUGUCAUCCAUGACUCGCUGCUGGAGGAGCUGCGCUGGGUGCCGGACUAUCAGGCCCUGCUGGCGAGUCCUUCGCGUUCCUAUGCCUAUGUGGUCACCCAGGACGCUUGGUUGUUCUUUAACAGGCAGCAAAAGGUGCUAAUUCAGCCGUACUUCCACCUUUCCAAAGUGUGUUUUGGCGGCUUGUUCAAUGCUUUGCCUUUGGGUUCCGACGCUAGUUUCGGGGCAACUCUGGACCACUUCAUCCUGAACGUUUGGCAGGCGGGAUUGUGGAACCACUGGGAGGAGAUCGCCUUUAGAUAUGCAAAGCGAGCUGGCUACGCAAAGGUGUUCCUGGACACGUAUCCCGUGGAGUCGCUGAACCUAGAGUUCUUCAACACGGCCUGGAUUGUCUUGGUCCUGGGCAUACCCAUCAGCUCGGUUGUCUAUUGCUUGGAGCUCUUUAUCCAUCGCCAGAGGGAAAGACGCCUUCAAUACGAACGCUUUGAAUGCUAUUGA